AUGGAGAACUUUGUAAUUGCCGGGAUUGAAAACAGAUCAGCCGCCUUGCAAUGGCAUUUCCGUCGCAGUUUCCGACAUUGUUCAAACCCGCCCCUCUUGGCCCUUGGAGGCAUAACCGAAGUUGCUGUGACCCCGAUCGAGAGAGCUCUGAUAUAUUGCGCAAUUGAGGUGCCUGAUGGCAACAUGGACAUGCAAUCACAGUGCUGGGCCAGAGUCGGUUCGAGAAAGGACAAACUACCUGAGCUUACCAAUGUGAAGUUCGGCUUUAAACGGUACAGUCAGAUUGAAUCCUCCACACGUCAACCGACUCGUCUCGCUACCAAAUGCGGUAACGCCCUGAUCGACAGUUUAUUCUAUCGUCCGCCUUGUGAGUACCCCGAACCAGAGGAGAGGGUCACAAAUGAGCAAACUUCAGGAACCACUCAGGCCUACUCGUUAAGAGGCAACAAAGUCUUCCUUGACGCCAACCAGGUUCUAGAAUGGGUGACAGAGUUCGCCAGUACCGGUCUCCGUACUCUCGUGAUGGCAGCUCGCCUCCUCACUCCCGAAGAAUGGGUGCGAUUGCGAGGCAAUCUUGAAGAGGCUCGUGGUCGCCUGGAAGGCCGUGAAUCGGCACUGACGGCAGCCUACGCUGCCGUAGAGGCUCGGCUUUCCGUGGUUGGCUGUACCGGGGUUGAGGACAAAUUGCAGGAUGGCGUACCGGAAACUAUAAUGGCCUUGAGACUCGCUGGUAUCCAGGUAUGGAUUUUGCAUCAUCCUACUUAUAGUAGUAUGCAUCAUAGUGUCGAAUUAUUUAAUAACAUUUUUCUGUUAAAUUACUGGAAUGGAUUUCGACUUGAAAUAGUCCCUUUAGCCUAA